UCUAAAAAUGGCGGCAGAAACUGACGACACUCUCAAUCAGCUCUCUCCAGCAUCCGUUCGUUUCACUAGACAAGCUGGAUUGGAAAGGAGAAGGCCUUCAAAGCGUCAAACUACAUUGAGAAGCUUUAAGAUUAAAACAAACUGGAGAGAUCGCUCCACACAAGUCACCACUACUGCAACUGUUACCUCAAGUCAGGGAUCACCAGGUGCACUUCCAAGUAGGCAAGAACUGUUUCCAGUACCAGAAACACCAGAUCAAGCUCAUGCAAACAACUCAACAGAUUCAUCAGGAUCUCCUUUGGUUGGACAUCUGGCAGCCUCAAUAUCAAAUGUUACCCAUUAUCUUGAGGUUCCUCAGGACAGUUCUCCAGUUAUCCCACGUCAAAGCAGUGUUUUUGCAGACCAUGAAAAAGUGUUAUUAGUUACACGCUCUAGGACACCUGAUGGAAGUCCAAGGUCAAUUAUAUUGGACAGUCCAGAGGGCAAAACUCAAACAGAUCAAGGAAGCGUGGACAGAACUCCAAAUCAAUCUUUGCCAAAGUUGUUAUCAGACAAGACUCCCGUUUCAGGUCCUGUUGCAUUUAAGACAAGAAAUAGCAGAAAGAGGCGAGGAAAAGAUGCUGAACUGGUAGGAGAUGAGCAGAUGGAAUUGUUAGAAAAUGAGUACAGAGAAAAUAACUUUGUGAGGCUGUUUAAUGCUGAUCAUGGAAGAAAGAAGAGAAUGUCAGAGAUAACAGACCUUGAUGUUAUUCUAACUUCUGUUGAGGAGGAAGCUCUUGAAAUCAGAAAUGACAUUGAGACAACAGUUGGGAAGCAAGCCAUAAAAGAAUUCUUCAUACAAAUGAGAAAAACGUUCAGUGAAACAGUAAGUAUUUGGUACCAUGAAAUCAAGUUUGUUUGCUCACAUCUAGAUCGAGCAAAAUCCAAAGUUAACAAAUUACGCAAGGAUCUCCUAAGUGUACAGCAAAAAAGGUCAAGGUGA